AGUACUUUGCUUGGUCAGAAAGGACAGGCAUUGAGUCUGAGCUGUGUGUGUCACAGAUAUCUCUUUGUGUGUCUCACAAAGUCUUUUAUCAACUUCAACUGAAGCGUUUCUUCUUGUUUUGUUUUUCCUCCAGGGGUUUUUACAUGGAUACAACCCUGAAGUUUGAGCCUUGAAUUCUUGGGGAUUUGAAGGCAGAGAAGUUUUAAACUGUGGCUGAUUAUUUUGUCUCGGAUUUUACGCUGUUUUUUUAUUUGUGAACCAACGAGUGGACAAUGACUUCGAGAAGGCCAAUGACUCGGACUUAUUCUGGCAGUGGGAGGACAAGCAGCUUCAGCGAUGAGGAGGGCAACGGUUCUAAUGGCCGUUCAGAAGGUCGCAGUAGUUACCUCUCCAGUGUUAGGCCUGAAAACAGGAGCACGUUGUGCAGCGUCAUGGCUCAGCUGACCGAGGACAUACAGCCGUCCUUUGACACCACCUUGAAAACCAAGGCAGUGUCGGAAAACUGCAACGUGAAGUUCACCUGUGUGGUGUCAGGUCACCCAGCUCCAGAACUGAAGUGGUAUAAAGAUGAUAUGGAGAUGGACCGGUACUGUGGACUCCCAAAAUAUGAAAUUCUACGGAAUGGAAAAAAUCACACCCUUCAUAUUUACAACUGCACAUUGGACGAUGCAGCCAUCUAUCAGGUGUCAGCCAGCAACAGUAAAGGCAUUGUCUCCUGCUCGGGAGUUCUGGAGGUUGGCACCAUGAGCGAGUUCUUGAUCCACCAGCGUUUUUUUGCCAAGCUGAAGCAGAAAGCAGAGAAUAAGAAGAAAGAUUUUGAAGAUCACUCCAAAAAGAAUGAUAAAGACAACAAAACAAACAGCCCAGAGCGUCCUCCAAGGAAGCGGCACAUCCCGCCACCACCACCGACACAGGAUGAGCCUGGUGCCGGGGAUAAAAUUGGAGCCGUUGCAGAACCUAAUGGUGUAACCGUGGAAGAAAAUGACAGGGAACCUGUCACAUCCGUAGAUAGCAGCCUGGAGAACGAAGACGCCCUGGCUGAGAAGAAAAUAAAGAUCUCAAAUGGUGUAGAUGUUGGUGUUAGCAGCAACAGUAGCAGCAACAGUAGCAGAAGCCAUAUGAUGGGGAACGGAGGUGAAAACUGUUACGAUGGAGGAAUCGGUUUGGCCCAGUUUUUGGCAGAGGCGCUCCAGUCUCAGGCUGCUGAGGAGAAACAGAACUCUUCUUGUGGGGAGAAACCUAAAGAGAUGAAUGUGAAUGAUGGCAAAGAGAAAGAGAGGAUGCAAAAGGAACGAGAAGAACAAGAGAAAGCUCUGGAGGAAGUGUAUGAGAAAAGAAAAGAAGAGGGCUUGGCUGCGGAAAGAGAGAAUGAAAGAAAACGGUCGUCAGAGAUGUUGCACACAACAGGCCACGGUAAGCAUCACAACAAGGCUCAUAAGGGUCAUGACCAUCACAACAUGCAGGCCUCCCUCUCCUCGAUGCUCCACACCGUCAAAGACUUCUUCUUUGGUAAGAAUAAGAAAGACUCUCAUGAUCACACUGAGAACAAAGAGACCGAGUUUGACAACGACUCACUUCAGCCUCUUCAACCGGAAAUGCCGCCGUCAUUUAGGCUGCACCAGGAACCGUAUCCAGACGUACACACACCUUCCAGAGAGGAUGUUUUACCCAUGGAAACAGAUCAUCCACAGGAGCCUUCAGAAGGUGUGGAUAUGGUUCAACUAUUGCAUGAACACAAGAGUGAAGACAGUUUUCUGCACGCGGACCAGCCACCAGAUCAUAAACCGCAACCUGAGCCCACAGAAGAGUCCCCAGGUCAGAGUGUCAAGGUCGCUGUUGAGCCAGCGGAGGCCGUGGAUCUGUCAGAGGCGACCGGGAGCAGCAGGCCAAGUGAAGACAUGUCAUUGUCCGAGCCUGAAGUCCUCACCGAGAUUGAGCACAAAGAUUCUCAGGAAGCCUCAGUCAUCAACCUGCGAGAAACAGGAUGUCAAAUAGAUUCACCUCAGCCCAAUCAACAGACUUCAAGGGACGAAUCUUCACCCAGAGAAGAUAUAUCUGCCCCUGAAAAGCAGACCACAGCCCCACAUGAAGAACAUCCCCCUGCAUCCCUUAUCACUGGGUUUGAAGAUAGCUCGAUUCCCCCUAACAGUGUUAUCUCGGUGACAGGCAGCCACAGCCUUGGACGAGCAACCCAAGAGGAGCAGCUGAACAUCGAUUCAAUGGGCGAGGUCACAGAGGACGGCCCUUCCUCCUCCAGCAAGUUGUGUGAGGAAGAGAAAGCUGAAGUGAAAUUUCCAGUCUCAGAUACAAAGAGAUCCGAGGUUACUGAAUUGACACCAAAUUCAGUGGAAGAGAGAGCAGAGCCGUGUGAGUACAGGACACCAGAUCAGGUGCUUUCACCUCUGCCUGCGGUAGCCUCGUGCGCUGCAGAGGAAGAUUGUGUGAAAGAAGAGACAGAAUGUACCACAAUCAUUCAGGAAAUGAUUGUGGGAUUUCCGGCUGCCUCAGCCCAAGAGGGUUUGGGUGAGGUUGACCUAAAAUUGCAGCACGAAUGCUCUCCUUCUGCAGGAGAGGAGAGUGAACAAGGCCACAACUUCAGUGCAGCGCAGAGUUCAGGCACAGGUUUUAGGAGCAGUGAAGACAGAAGUGACUGGAAAGAGGCGUUGAACUGUGCUUUAGAGAACAGUUUAGAGGGUAACUUGCGAAACAAUGUGAACACACAAGAGCAGGUGAUUUUAGAAGGCGAGAACACUGAAGCGAGAGGUGAGCGUUCACAGUUUGAAGAGAUGCAGAAGAAAGUAGAACAGAUGGAUGAAUCAAAAACAAAAACUGAGGGAAGUGAAGCUGAGGUUUCGGAGGAGCACAGUGAAAUUACACCUCAAGAAGGUAGCGAGAGACAGCUGGGUUGGCCCUCAGUCAAUAUUCCAACAAUCCAAAUAUCAACUGUUGAAGACACAGCAGAUAUUCAACCAACUGUGCCAGAUGUAAACCAACAUAAACAUUUUAUAAUCCCAAAAAUUGAGAUAAUGGAGCCUGAGCUCUACAACAGCACUGUCCUGGAAUUGAAUAAGCAAGAAUCAGAUCUGGCAAUGUUGCAAAACCAUGAUGCAACUCAUAUGUCAGAAAUGAUAAUCCAAGAAUUGAGCGUGUCUGAUUCUCCAGGCCCGCCGCCCACGCAGAAAAGUAUGCAAUGUAAUAAUUCACCGACAGAGAAAGUAACGGAAGUUGCACAAUUACAGGAAGAGACUAAGAUAUCAGAGCAGGGGCAUCCGCACAAGCAAAGCAGUGAACAGCUCCCUCAGAUGGAGAAUGCAAUAAUUCCUGUUAUAAAUGUGACAUGCACUGAUGACAAGGAGGAUCAUGCAUUUGUAAAUGCCAAUGUUGCCCAUGCACUGGAGCCUUUCGAAACUCCAACCGUGCCUUUGUUUGUGGUGCCACCGAUCUCUGUCACUUGUCAUGAAGGGGAUCCAGGCCUCGGCCUGCCCACACACAGUGAGUGGACAGAAACCGAAACUUCAGAUGCCACGCAAAGUGGAACAAAGCACAAUGGAGUCAAUGACUUGGGGACAAAGCCUGAAAAAAGUCUGAGUAGGAAACAGGCUGAAGAUGUGGCAGAGAAGAUUAUAAAGGAGAACACUUUGCUAUGUGAAGCUCUAACACCAAAGGCUGGCAACAAUGUGCCAUCGUCCAAAAAGACAACAGAAGACAAUACUGUUCCUGAAAUUCCUAAGAUAAAACCUCUUAAAGAGCCCAAAAUAGAGAAUUCAGUGUGUGAGGAAGUGCAGAGAAGCAGACCUUCUGUUGACAGACUCAGCUCCAAACCUCCAGCACAUCCCUCACUGAGUCCAGGCAGUCUGCGCAAAUUCAUGUCCAAAGCUGUUCAGGACUCAGACAGUGAGACAGGGACGGCUGUCCCUGUCAUCACUAUGGGGGAUCGUCAGAGUGACAGGGUAGACGAAGAUUUCAGUGGAGGCUCCACGCCGACUACGUCCCUCUCCUGUGAAAAUAGUCCCCGGAUGAAAAGAAGAGACAGCCUGUCCCUUAUACGCUCUGCCACGCCUGAGGAGCUGGCCUCCGGCGCUCGCCGCAAAAUCUUCAUCCUAAAGCCUAAAGAGGAUGGAGAAGGAGCCGUGCUUGGUGCGCUGGACACUCAAGGCAAGAAGGAGACCCCCUACAUGUCACCCAGCCAGGCUCGCAGGGCGGCGUUAUUACAAGCUCCAAAAGGACAGAAUACACCCCCAAUGGAGAGGCGCUCUCCGCUGCUGAACCGCAGGAAGGCCACGCUGGAGGUACCAAAGGUCACGGACGAGACUCCCAAGGAGGAAUCAGUCCCAAAGAAAGAGGAAAAACCAGCUGAAAAGAAGCUAGACCCAUUGAAAGCUCCACAGGUGAUUCGAAAGAUCAGGGGUGAGCCCUUCCCAGACGCCUCUGGACAUCUGAAGCUGUGGUGCCAGUUCUUCAACGUACUCAGUGACUCCGUCAUCAAGUGGUACAGAGAGGAGGAAAUGAUACUGGAGGUGAAGAGAAGCGGAGGCGAUGAAAGCCAAGUGGCGCUGGCUAUUGUCCUGGCAUCCAACCAAGACUGUGGGGUAUACGGCUGUACUAUCAAUAAUGAAUACGGGACUGACACCACCGACUUCCUGCUCAGCGUAGACGUUCUCUCAGAUAUUCUGCUAAAAGAGGAUUUGGAAGUGGGAGAGGAGAUCGAGAUGACGCCACUGCUGUUCACCAAAGGCCUGGUGGACUGCGGGAGCUGGGGCGACAAGUACUUUGGCCGCAUCAUGACCGAAGCGGUGCACCUCGGGGAGGGCUGCGCUCGGAAAGCCAGUAAAGUGAGGGUCAUCUACGGCCUCGAUCCCGUCUUUGACUCCGGAAGCAACUGUAUUAUCAAAAUUAAAAACCCCAUCGCGUACGGGACUAAACAAGAGAGCAACCUGGCUGAGAGGAACCUAGAGAUCACUAAGCAAGAAUGCAAAGUCCAAAACAUGAUACGAGAAUACUGUAAAAUCUUUACGGCAGAGGCGAGAGAUAAUGAGAACUUUGGCUUUUCAUUAGAAGUGAUCCCUCAGUAUCUCAUGUACCGGCCUGCAAACUCUGUGCCGUACGCCACAGUGGAGACCAACCUUGAUGGAGUCUUUCAAAAGUAUUGCAUGAUGGAUCCUAAAGGCCAGCUGAUCACACAAACCGUAUCUGAGAUGGAGCAGAAAUGCAGCUCCUUCCAGCACUGGAUCCAUGAGUGGACACACGGCAAUCUGCUCGUCACUCGACUGGACGGUGUCGAAACAAAGCUAACAAAUGUUAGAGUUGUGACCAAGUCAAAAGGAUACCAGGGGUUGACAGAGUGCGGCUCUCCCGAAGUGUUCGACCAGUUCCUGACACAGCACCAGUGCAACUACUAUUGUGGACUUCUCUGCCUGCGCUCCCUGAAGCCUAUGGAUAGUCUGCAGCAGUCCACCAAGAUAAAGGGGUCCCGGAGCCCCCUCCUCAACCGCAAGUUAGGCGCAGGCAGCCCACAGCUGCAGCGUAAAGGACAAAGCCCUCUGAUGUCGAGAAAGGCCACCUCCAGCCCCAAAGUGACCAGAAAAGUUCAGGAAACAGAAGACAACAAAUCAGACACCAAAACCAAACCUGCAGAAACUGCUGAUGCUCCUGAAGUGCAAUAGGAAUACGUUAUUUUGUUCAAGCAAUGUUUAACAGCUUUUAAUGGUUACCUAUAAUCUGUUUUCUUUCCAACUGUUUCUUUGGCUUGACUUGUCAAAAAAACUACUUGCUGCGAUUUUUCUCAGUCGACAUCACAACUAUGAAACAUGACUUUUUCAGUUAACUUAACUCAGUUAACUCUCUCAGCUACUCAGUUAAUUUAUAUCCUUCAAUAUAGUUUGAAGGUUUAUGAGAAUAUGUGAAGUGAUAUAAGCACAAGGUCUUUUGACCUUUUGGCUCAAAAGGUGCCAGCACAGCAAGUUUUUUACUGUAAGAGAAGGAAAAACCUCACAUUGAAACACCUGCCUCAGAGUCUUAUCAGCUCUGUAAAUGGACAAACAUAACAAUCGGCUUCAGAUAUAUAUUGUAUCAUAUCUGCAAGUCGCUCGUCUUUUUUUGUGUUUAUUGAAAAGACUGUGGAGUAUAAAAUAUACACGACCACAACCAUAGCAUAGAUUGAGGUAAUGUAUUCGCAUGAAACACUACAUGUACAUGUGUCGGGUAUAAAGUUAUUUUGGAGAUGUUAUUUAUGCUUACAAGUAGAACUGAACUACAUGCAGCAUUUCUUCACAAGGCAAAAGUUGAGCUUAUGCUGUGGAAUUACACUUUGGGGUCUAAGAUGCUUGUGUGCACUUUGUUUUGUGGCAUUUUUUUCAAUUUUAGUGGUUUUUGAGUACUUUAUAUAUUUAUUAUAUAGUUUGUCUGUAUCGUUAAUCUGCCCUUUUACACAACAUAUAGUAUUCAGUAUAUGCUGUAGAAUGUCAAAGUAGCAUAAGGGGCUUACCAUUGAACUCUUUAACUACGGCAUGCUCAUUAUUAUUAUGAUUGACAUGCAAACAUGUGAGUGUGUUUCCGGCAGUUGGUAAGUCUGCACACAGAGGUCCACACAGCAAUUGGAAAGUGUACUGUGGACUGUGCGAUAAGGUUACUGAGAGAGUAGACUCUGUCUGCUGCCUCACUGAUCACUUGCUAAGGCUCGCCACAUGAAAUCACAAUAAUCACCCUUUCACUUAACAACAGACCAGUGGGUUUUGCUUGUGUAGUGUGUGGUCAACAAUUACCAGCAUUUGGACUGGAAAUAAAAACAAUCUCAUAAAUUUGCACAGAGAUCCACAGUUAAAUUGCAAAAGACGCAGUUUACAAGAGAUGUCACCUCUUCCCUUUGACGAGAAAUCUAAGGGAAUGUCUUCCAUUGAUUCUUGGUUAAUGAUCAACAGUAGAGUCCAGAGGUCCGCCCUUAAAGUUCUGCUGUUUUCAUGUAAUUGCAUGACUCCUUAUGAAUGAAAGGAAACACAAUUUUAGGAGAAUUUUUUUAAAUGGAAUCUGAUAAAAUUAGUCAGCUGAUGAUGUUAUGCUGUGGUGUCAUGCGAGCACAUUGUCGUAUUGUAUUAACAUGUACAUAAAGUCGGAGGACGACAUAUCUAAAGUAAUGUGAAGCAAAGCAGCAAGUGUGUGAGGGAGAGUGUGAAUGAGUGACUGAAUAAAUGUGUGUUUACAAUGUGUGCUGUCUUUGGUAUGGAAGACCAUGUCAGCUGAUGUUUUUCUAUAAAUAAAUAAAUGAAUACAACACGA